GCUACCAAGUUCUCUACGGGUGCAGAGGGAUCACGGCGUUCUGCAUCGCAAACUUCUUGCCUGGACAUCCCCCCAACGGUGACCGAAUUUCGAGUUCUAACCCUAGUUCUGGCAGCGGACCGUAUUACAAGCGUCUGGGCUCUCGUCUCUCAACGCGCCGACAUCAUUCAUUCAACCUCUGCUAGUCUGCAGUUUUACAGCGAUCGCAUCACCGUAUCCAUCAUCUCGCAACAAUGAGCGAGCAUCUCAACGUCCUCAUCUCGACCUUCAAGGGUCUUGGCCUUCCGCCAACCCUGGUCUUGCGCGCGCCUCCAUCCACCACAAUCUCCUCCCUACGAGACCUUAUCGAUGAGAAGAUUCCUACCGGCGCCACCGAAUCCAAAUUCAUCCUCACAACACACUCAAAUCGGCUUUUGCCCCAGACAUCAGAAACACCAAUUUCCACAUACCUAUCCUCAAAUGACGAUGAUUUCAUUAACUUGCGCCUCACCAUCCCCCUCUGUGGUGGAAAGGGUGGUUUCGGAUCUCAGCUCCGAGCUGCCGGUGGCCGAAUGUCAUCCCGCAAGAAGCAAAAGCAAGACGAUAGCGGUUCAAGCCGAAAUCUGGAUGGUAGACGGCUGCGUACUGUUAAUGAAGCCAAAGCUCUCGCGGAGUAUCUCGCCAUCAAACCAGAAAUGGAGAAGAAGGAGAAGGAGAAGCGACGCCAGCGCUGGGAAGAGAUCGUGGACAUGGCAGAAAAGAGAGAGGCGGAGAUCAAGUCUGGCGGUAGGGGGAAGCUGGAUGGCCAGUGGGUCGAGGACAAAGAAGAGAGCAACGAGAGAACUCGCGAUGCUGUGUUGGCUGCCAUGAAGUCUGGAAACUACAAGGAUAACCUAAUCAGCACAUCUCACGGGUCUGCUUCUUCUGAGCAAAACAAUGGCCAAUCUUCAAGCGAGGCAGAGGAUUCCGAGAGCUCAAAAGAAGCUACUCCUCCUGCAGAAGCUGCUGUACCUUCAAAGGCGAAAGCAAGAACCUUUUUCGGCUUCGAUGAAGACGAUGAAUUUAUGAGCUCUGAUUCGGAGGAUGAGAGCGAAGAGAAGUCUUGAUGAUGGGAAUACUUUGGCGAAUUUGUGAUUGAAAAGCAACGAUGGAGUUCAGGAUAAUAUGGGAUACGGGCGCUGUUGACAAUUUGAUAAGAUACCAGUAUGGCUAAUAUAAAUACCUCUUUUGUA